UAAUCCACUGGAGAAGGAAAUGGCAAACCACUCCAGUAUCUUUGCCAAGAAAAUCCAGCAUACAGCAUUGGCCUGCUGUGCUCUACUGGAAGAGCUGAACACAACUAAACAACAAAACACGGGGAAGGUAAACUUGUAAACUGAUAGAAAAGUGUUCAGAAUAAAAUCCUGUUCCAUCUACCCUUGCCAAACAUGCAGAGACUGAACUGUUUCCAUGGACUUUUACAUUGUUUUUAAACAUAACUUUAUAAACUUUAAAACAUAAAACAUAAUCGAGUACACUUUUGUUUGUGUAGAAACAAACAGUAUUUGUUUAAAAAAAUGUUUAGAAAAACUAUGCAAGGUACAGAAAAUGGAAAAAAAAGGGAAAUGUAGAAAAAGAAGAAUUAUUGGAGCACUUAAUUCAUAGAACAGCAGGGUCAGUGGUUAACAAAUAACCUUUAAAAACAUGUUGACUGCUGGACUUAAAAAGAAAAAAAAUCUUAAGUAAAACCAAUUUGCAACUUCAUGUAUAAUCUUUUUUCUGUUCUCUGUAUGUGGAAACACUCACUUUUUUGGCUUUUAAGUUCUGAAUUUUUUAAAAAGGGAAAGAAGUUGCUUGAAGGAAGGUUGUUUUGGUUAGGGGUUUGUAUGGGCAAUAUCUGAAAUUGCACACACUUAAAUGCUUAUUAAAUUGCAGGGGAAAGUAUACAGGCAUUCCAUCAUUUUACUGGAGAAUGUUAUUGAUAUGAGCAUACCCUAUGUAAAUCUGUCAACUUUUGUGCGUGGAUUGUCUUUUGCUUUUAUGAGUGCAAUCGAGACAGAGACACCAUGGAAUAUUCCAGUAUUAAACACAUCCACAAUUUAAAAGCGUUUUGUAGGUAGAUUUGAGGUUUUAGAAGAAAAGUGCAGCAUUACUCAAUUAAAAAAAGAAACUAAGGAUCACGUGAAGCAAUUGCAUUGUUUCUUAAAAUGUCCGUAUUUCUUUUUCUCUUCCUGGUCAGAGCUGGCUGAGUUUUUAAACAUGGUUUUCCUUUGGGGACACAGAUCUGAUGAAUGUGGCUGGGAAUGGAGAAGGGCAUUCUAAUUCUAGGGUGGCCUGGGAGGAAAUUUUCAGUGGUUCUUAGAUAACUAGUUAGGGCUAGUUUUUUUUUUUAAAGCUUCUGAGAAUUCCCUAGGCAUUUCCUCAUUGCAAAGCCCCUCCUCCACGCAUUCCACCGCUCACUUUGGCCGGCGCUGGGGAACUGCAUUCCCACCUGUGCUUUCUUCCCCCCAGUACACCUGAAGUUCUCUCCCUUUUCCCCCGUGGCUCCGGUGGGCUCAUGCACCUGCGGCUGGCCGGUGGGCGUUCUGUUUCCCACACCUGUGGUUUGCACGAGGAGGGGGAGGGGAAGGAGGCAUCCACCUGGGUCUCGACCUCAGUCUCUCCUCGCUGGGGAAAGGGCUUGUGCAAGCACCCCGGCCGCUGCCCGAGCCCUUCCAGCCUGAUCAUCACAUGACUCGGAAGGCGGUGGGAGCCGGAGCCGAAGCCCGAGCGGCGGGAGCUCCUUCAGCUCAGCCUGUGGCUUUAGUUCCGCGCCCGGAGGAAGGGAGAGAAGGGGGCGGGGGGAGAGAGAACCUGCCGCCACCGCUCCGGCCCCCCUCCCCCCGCUCCAGCCGGUUCCCAGCCUCGCUCCAUGUAGCUCCAUUGCGGAAGUGGACCAGGAGGUGGCGGCGGCGGCAGUGGCGGUGGCGGCUGCGCUGGCCCCAGGAGCCCGAGGCUGGGGCCCGGCCCGUUCCCCCCUCCUUGCUUCCAGAGCAACAAAUAGCCGCGAGCCCGUGCUUGCAGUCCCCAGCUCGGCGGCUCCCCGGCUUCCCUCCCUCAUUCUCCUCCUCCUCCUCCUUCCUCGGCGCAGUCGUCGCCGCCGUCCCCAGGCUGCAUGCUCCUGGCCCCCCCCUUCCCCCGCCUCCUCCUCCCGCUCCUCCUCCUCCUGCUGCUGCUGCUCUCCCCGCAGCCGGCCGCGGGAGCAGUAACAUGCUCACUCGCGUGAAAUCUGCGGUGGCCAAUUUCAUGGGCGGCAUCAUGGCUGGUGGCUCGGGCUUGGAGCACGGCGGAGGCUGCGCCGGCGGCGGCGGCGGGGCCGGCUCCGACCUGCCCUUGCGCUUCCCCUACGGGCGGCCAGAGUUCCUGGGGCUGUCUCAGGACGAGGUCGAGUGCAGCGCCGACCACAUCGCCCGCCCCAUCCUCAUCCUCAAGGAGACCAAGCGACUGCCCUGGACCACGGGCUACGCAGAAGUGAUCAAUGCAGGAAAGAGCACGCACAAUGAAGAUCAGGCAAGUUGUGAGGUGCUGUCUGUGAAGAAGAAGUCAGGAGUCAUUACCUCAACUCCAAACAGAAAUUCAUCUGCCAAGCGAAGGUCCUCUCUUCCUAACGGGGAAGGGCUGCAACUGAAGGAGAAUUCUAUAAGAAAACUGAGGCCCAAGAGUGUUGUGUCUUGCCUCACGGUCAAACAGGAAAUAAGCGACAGAGUUGGCUUUGAUCUCAAGUUCUCUGCCCAGGACACGGACGGCAUUUCCUUCCACUACUGGUCCCUCUUUGACGGGCACGCGGGAUCUGGGGCAGCUGUGGUGGCAUCCCGGCUGUUGCAGCAUCACAUUGUGGAGCAACUACAGGACAUUAUAGAGAUCUUGAAGAACUCUGCAGUCCUCCCCCCAACCUGCCUGGGGGAGGAGCCUGAGAACAACCCAGCCAACAGCCGGACUCUGACGAGGGCUGCCUCCCUUCGAGGAGGAGUGGGGGCCCCGGGCUCCCCAAGCACCCCACCCACACGUUUCUUUACGGAGAAAAAGAUUCCCCACGAGUGCCUUGUUAUUGGGGCCAUUGAAAGCGCCUUCAAGGAAAUGGACCUGCAGAUCGAACGAGAGAGGAGCACAUAUAAUAUAUCUGGAGGCUGUACGGCCCUUGUCGUUGUCUGCCUGUUGGGAAAGCUGUACGUGGCCAACGCUGGUGAUAGCAGAGCCAUCAUUGUUAGGAAUGGAGAAAUCAUCCCCAUGUCUUCAGAGUUCACGCCAGAGACAGAACGCCAGCGACUCCAGUACCUGGCUUUCAUGCAGCCUCACUUACUGGGAAAUGAGUUCACACAUUUGGAGUUUCCAAGGAGAGUACAGAGAAAAGAACUUGGAAAGAAGAUGCUCUACAGGGACUUCAAUAUGACAGGCUGGGCAUACAAAACCAUUGAGGAUGAUGACCUGAAGUUUCCCCUUAUAUAUGGAGAAGGCAAGAAGGCGCGGGUGAUGGCCACUAUUGGUGUAACCAGAGGACUUGGGGACCAUGACCUGAAGGUGCAUGACUCCAACAUCUACAUCAAACCAUUCCUGUCUUCAGCUCCUGAGGUGAGAGUCUAUGAUCUCACGAAGUAUGAGCAUGGUGCAGAUGACGUGCUGAUUUUAGCCACAGAUGGACUCUGGGAUGUUUUAGUGAACGAAGAAGUGGCUGAAGCAAUCACACAAUUUCUUCCUAACUGUGAUCCUGAUGACCCCCACAGGUAUACACUGGCAGCUCAGGACCUGGUCAUGCGAGCUCGAGGCGUUCUGAAGGACAGAGGCUGGCGGAUAUCCAACGACCGGCUGGGCUCAGGAGACGACAUUUCUGUCUAUGUCAUUCCUUUAAUACACGGGAACAAACUUUCAUGAGACUCAUGAUGGCCCAGGGGACUGGGAGGGUUGUUGGAAGAGAGAGAUGGUAUGUCUCUUUGAGAAAGGGAAAUGCAGAAGUCAGUUCCAAUUGGUGUCCUCCAUUCUCAAUCCAUGCCAGGUGGGUGAGGAGUUUGCUGUUAGCCAGGCGGGGCUCCGAAAAAUGCCUAGUGCUUCAGGUAUCCCUUGGGUCCCCACCUUCUCCUAUAUUCAUGGGACUUGGGCAUUCAGCAAGAGCUAAAUGCAAAGACUUCUCUUGUGCAUCAGGUUUCUCUUGCUUCCUUUUAUAGAUCACCUAAGUUGAGGCCUACACAUUGGGGGCCACAGGAGUAUUUAUUUUGUUCCAGAAUACUUGGAGCAAGCAUUUUCAGGUAUAACCCAGUUAAAAGAUGUUCAGCCAGUCCAAUUGCCAGCUUCCCUAAGAACUGAGGAAGAUACACACUGGAAAGUCACUGUAAAUGAAUGCUGGCUUGGAUGCCGAAGUCCUCCAGUCAGCCUGGUGCUUGUUACAGGGAAAGCGUAGAAGACAUGGGGGGUUUUUUAUGGGUGUGGUUUGGGUGGGGGGGAGGUGGUUUGGUUUUUUUGCAUUCCUUGAAUCCCCAUCUUCCUGGUGCAGAGAGCAGGGCUGGGAUAUUGCAGCUCCUUGCCGAGGAAUGCAUUUUCCAAAGCUAGCCCACAGCAGUCCCUAUAUUAUCUUACCUACGAGGGCCCAAGCAGCCAUGUGAAACAGGGCCCUGAAUGACAGAACACUGUUGGUGUAUGACAGUGAGAGUUGUCUGGGUCACAUUCUCUUUCCAGAUUGGUUUGUUUUCACCAAAAUCUGCAUAGUCCCCUGGACCUUUCUGGCAUCUACCAUUACCCUCGUUGGUCUUUCCUGUUGGGGCCCAAGGGGUCUCUCUGGGAGGAGGGAUUUACAUUCAUUGAAUGGCUGCCUCCCUCUCUCCUCCUAUCACCCGUCCUGUUUAAAGGAUCACUCUGUAUAUGGAGACCUGUUUGAAGCAAUGUUUAGGAGACUGGGGUGUCUGGGAAGUCUCUUACAUUGGCCUUUUAGCCAUACCUCCUUUGAGGAAUACCACAACAUCCAUGGUCGUGUUCCUUCCCCAUUACAUACCUAAAACCAAACCAGGAUUCCAGGGCAGUGACCAGGGGGCAGACAUCUCAUGCUCCCCUGGUACUCAUCAGCGUUUUCCAAUCAGGUCUCUUGUACACCCUAGAGUACUGACUGCUUCACACUUCCUCCCUGCCAUCUCUUGUUUCUAGAUAUGAUUUCACACUUCUUGCUCAUACACCAAAGCACCCCACUUUCAUAACCCUAAUCCAGUCUUGCAGACUUUUUUUUUUUAAGAGAGAUGGAAUUCAAAAUGAAGUAAAUAUCCUUUCUGACUACUGUGCAAAUGACAGUGCUUUGCUUUGUGGGAGCUGGGGUGAGGCAAGGAGUGGGGUCUACCAGUUGUGUCUCCUCCAUGAGUCUUAGAUGCUUGGGGCGUCUUCACCAAGCUAACCACUUUCUGUAAUGAAAACCAUUUCUGUAGGCCAGUGAAAGAGAAGAAGGGAGUUGGUGUAAUUCUAAAAAAUGCCAGCCAGCCAGUUCCACGUUUCACACAUAUUUGAAUUCCUUCCCCAGAGGAGAAGAGGGCCAGCAUUUCCACCAGGCUGCCACGUCUUUGGCAUUCCUGGAGGCAUUAAGAUUUUCUUAGGAUUGGCUUAGAGCCUUCCCUACUCAGGAACUAUUCCAUGAUGUGUAAACUAGUAGCCUGCCAAGUGGCAUUUCAGUACUAAGGCACUCACCAGGUAUUUACCCCCAACCGCUGGCUGCAAGGAGUUUCUAUACCACUUUGUCCAUCUAGGUCUGCCCACACGAGGUAGGCCCCCUCCCACUUCCUUCCUCUGCAGAUCAGAUCCACCGUUGUGUCAGAUUCUGUGCUGUAGAGAUGGGGAGCUGGAAGAGGGGGGCUGGGAGAGGGAUGCUCUGACUUCUGUGGUUCCCGUGUUGACUGUAUGUGGUGCUGCAGACAAUUACAUGCUGGGAGAGCCAGAGACCAUUCCGUUUCUCUGUCUUGCUCUCAGAUCCUUUCAGGCAAAUACAGAUGGGAGGAAUGGCGAUACAGAGGACUGUCUACUGGCGCCUUGAGCCUGUAUGUCAUGGAAGCAAGUCUCAUGCUGUAUGAUCCUAAGUAGCCAGUUCCCAACCCCCUGAACACACACACACACACCCCUAUUCCCAUUCCCCUUGUGUUUCUUUUCUUCAUAUAUUGCAGCUGUCUUGAGUCUUUUUAUGUAACAGCAGCCAGACUUCUUGACUUAGCACCCCGUUCACCUCCUGGUCAAAGUUCAGCAGCAGCCCAGUGCAUAGCAUGGCCACUAGGUCUCAGGCUAUCUUCCCCUGGAUACCCACUUCCACUAGCCAUGAAAUCCCACCCUUUGAGCAUUUGUUUGUCAUUUCAGGAUAGCAUCCAGAAAUUCCACUCCCAAGCCAUAGGGAAAACAAGUCCCCAAGAGCCCAAACCCAGUUUUGUACCUUUCCCUAACAUGUGGCAUUUUCUGGUUUGGAAAGCAGAGCUGUUGGGUGGAGAAAGGAGAAGAGGCAGUUGAUGCCAGGUCCCAGUCCUGUAAAGGAGGAGCUUGAGUAAGACUAUACUAAGGGAGAAUAAAUCAAAAGUGACCAAAAUGAUUUGUCCAAGCCCCAUGUUGAGAUCACUUUGUGGUCUGAGCUCGCUGCAUAUUUGCCUUUCUCCCCAGACUGGGGUGAUGGGUCCUUUCAUCCUUGGGCAGUGACCACGUCGAGAUAACGUGCUGGCCGUCAGAGGACUUCCCAUAAGCCCAGAAGGCGGCACACUCCAAAUUCCACUUAUCUACAUGCCACCAAGUCUUAUGCGCCUGACUUUGAGCCAAAUCCACUUGUUGCUAUCCCAGAGGAAGUCUCGCUUUUCAUUUCCCAGUGAUGUUAUUCUAGUUCUCCUGGGUGUUGGGAGUUCUUUUUGUCUUGUGGUAUUUUGUUUAAGUGAGUCCCUCCCUCUCCCCAAGUUACCCACUUGUCUUAUUUAAGAUGGUUCUUUCCAUUUCCCAACUGGGCUUGUCCAGCCCCUCUAAGCCCUACGUUUUGUCAACGCUGUUUUCAUUAAAGGAAGCAGAACAGGUCCAAGGAAAACUGCUCCCAAACCCAUACUCCCCGUCCCGAUUUAGGCUCUAGGAUGACCAUUGCCCACACAAACCCGUUUCUGCACAGUCAGCCCUGGGAUAUUAGACCAGCCAAGCUUUGCACCCAUAUGGCCAAGGUGAAUCCUAACCAAAGGCUGAGCUGAGAGAGAGGAGCCUGAGUGCUCAGAAGGGACAGAAGAGGAGCAUGUAUCACUGGGCCUGAGGGGAACCCAACUGUGACUAUCCUCAGAGUUUUCUUCUGCUGAUAAUGGGGAAGUGGGUACCUAAGCUUUCUCUACUGAAUUCUGCUUUGGUCCCCAGCAUACUUGGGGGGUGAGGGGAGUUAAUGGAGGGAUUGUACUAUUUUCAUUUGAAGUUUUAAUAGUCAACUCUCCCCCUAACACCCCUCUCCUUUCCCUUUGCUUCUCUGCCACCAUUCAUCUCGGGCAGGGCUUUAGCCAUGCCAGUAGAAAUCUGGGAUAUUAAGAGAUUUGGUUUCUGACCCUGGGACCCUCUGAGAAAGGGUCUAUUUUGAUGAUAAUCUGCUAUUCCAGACUCUCAUGGUUUCUCCCAGGUGUAUGCCCCUUCAUGAAGUCAGGUUAUUAUUUAUUAAUCAGGGGGAGGGGGUUUUAUAUCACCAGGUAUAUAGCCUUUCUUUCAAGGGCCCAAGGCACUCUGUACUCUUUCCCCCAGUGAAUAAUAAAGCCUUAAUGGGAUUUCAUUGUUUUUUUUUCCCCCUUGGAAAAGCAGCCCCUUACAGGACCAGCAGGGAGAAAGGAGAGAGAGAGAUUUUCAAAAGAAGAGUCAGGCUGACCCCCCUACAGGCUUUUAAAAAUAGAAAAGGCCUCAGGCCACUAGACAGAGUUCGACACUGGAAAGCUCCGAGUACAAAAGACCAGAGGGUGUUGCUGAAGCCAGGCGGCUUGCCCUGGCCUUCCAUGAGGGUUUGCAGCUUGGCAGAGUUCAGCCAUCCUUGGAAUUGAAGCAGGCCUUGGUAGUGGUGAGCUGGUAGCAUGGCACGCUGAUGGGUAAAGCACUGAGAUACCUGUAGAAUAUACCACGUAGGCAGCCCAACCAGAAGGAAGGCUCGGUCCAGAUUGGAAUGCCAGCUUGAACAGGCUUGACCGUCUCACCCCACCACGUACUCUUGUGUAAAUAGCUUUCCUUUUCCUUUUGCCUUUGUCUUAGAUGAAGAUGUAUUCAUGUACCUACCACGUAGACAGUGACCAAAUGAGACUGUGUAUGUGCUGCCACUUUCUACCUGUGAUGUACUUGAAGGAUGAGGAGCCCACAGGGCCUCUGCUAAACUUUCUGUCCUCCCUUGAGUACUCUGUGUUUGUUGAUGUCUGUUUGGGGAUUUUUUUUGUUGUUGUUUCUAUUUUUAGAGAUUUUUUGGAGGGUUAGUCUUUCCUGUCCCCCUGUUUUGCUUCCAUUUUCAUUGUUCCUGUUGGGGUUCAAGCAGGCCUACAGCAGAAACCACACUUUCAACACCGUGCGAUCGUUUGGGUUUUUUCCCCACAAGGACCCUUAUGUAAUGAAGAGGGAGAAGAAUCUGUCAGAAAGUGGCUUUCAGAACAAUACACUUUUCUGCUUUUUUUUCUCAAUUGUGUUGACUUUUUGUAAGGUGCCCCCACCCAGACAAAAACUGUUUAGUACAAAGGAUUUAUUGUACAUGUUUUGAAAACUUAAGUGCAAUGUCCCAAGGGAGAAGCUAAGGAGAAAUGUAUAUGCUCAUUGACAUUUUAAAAUAAAAAGAUUAUAUAUAUGUACAUAGGACACCUUCA